GACCGCGUCUCUCGACGGUCUUGACAAGUUGUCGCCGAAGAUCUGUUCAGCUUCUUACGUCUCCGCUUUUUGGGUCGACAUUCGUCUCGCGAUUCUUUUUAGAAGUAAAAAUCGCGCUGUACUGUAAUCAGCGUGGUGCAGUAAUCAAGAUGCUGCACAGAUUCACGGUGCUCGCGAUCUUCGCGGUGGCGGCCGUAUCCGCUACGAGUCCGCCACGAGUGUUCACGAUGUGCAUCCCUGAGAAAUACGCGAAGGAAUGUGCGAAGAUGAUAGAAGACUCAGCCAGCAAAGGAUACCCGAUAUCGUGCAUUUCCGGACGCGAUCGAUACGAUUGCAUCGAGAGGGUUGGUAAGAAGGAAGCGGAUAUUGUCGCCGUAGAUCCGGAAGAUAUGUAUCUCGCAGCGAAGAAUCAAUUAGCUGAAAAAGCUGGAUACAAUGUCGUUGAACAGGUCAGGACAAAGGAGGAACCCGACGCGACAUAUCGUUACGAGGCAGUAGCCGUAAUACACAAGGAUCUGGACAUUCACAAUGUUCAGGGCCUGAGGGGUCUCAAGUCCUGCCAUACAGGUGUGGGUCGUAAUGUCGGUUACAAGAUUCCACUCACGAAGCUAACCGCUAUAGGCGUGUUGACCGAUAUCAACAACCCGGAAUAUUCCGCCCGCGAAAAUGAGCUUCGCGCUCUGAGCACGUUCUUCGACAAAGGUUGUCUAGUGGGCAAGUGGUCGCUCGAUCCAGCAAUCAAUCAGAGACUCAAGGAGACGUACAGCAACAUGUGCGACCUUUGCGAGAAACCAGACGUGUGCGAUUAUCCAGACAUAUAUUCCGGAUACGAGGGCGCGUUGCGUUGUCUAGCUCACAACGGCGGGCAGGUUGCAUGGACGAAAGUCAUCUACGUGAAACGCUUCUUUGGCUUGCCCGUGGGAGUCACCCCGGCGACGCCGACGCGCGAGGAUCCAGCCAACUUCCGAUAUUUCUGUCCGGAUGGUAGCAAAGUGCCCAUCGAUGCCCAUACGAAACCGUGCACAUGGGCUGCCCGACCAUGGCAGGGAUACAUGACCAAUGGGGAUGACGCCAAUAACGUGGAAGCUAUUCAAAGAGAAUUAACACAAUUGGGUCAACUUGGAGAGAAUGAGAAAGCAGAUUGGUGGAAGGAUCUUUUGUUGCUCAACGAGAAGACCUUGGCUGUCGCUGCACCGCCAGUAUCACCGGAAGAGCAUCUGAAAAGCGCAAAAUAUGUAGAUGUAAUCGAAAGAAAUUUCGGAGCGCCGGAGAGGGACGCUCGUUGGUGCGUUUGGAGUCAAAGUGCAUUAGACAAGUGCCGUAGUCUCGCUAGAGCUGCGUUCUCCAGGGAUGCCAGACCGAGAUUUGAUUGCAUACUGGAGAAGGACGAGAUUGCUUGCUUGAAGGCCGUCAGGGACAAUGGAGCAGAUAUAACUGUAAUUGACGGCGGAUCGGUGAAACUCGCAAUCAACAAUUAUAACGCGAAACCGAUCGUCAGUGAGGCUUAUGGCGAGGGAUCGACGCAACUCAACGAGAUACCGGCAGUUGCUGUUGUUAAGAGAGGUUCUUCCAUAAAUGGAUUAGGCGAUCUCAGAGGCAAAAAAUCUUGUCGCAGUGGCUACGUGGGCGAUUUUGCUGGUUACUCCGCACCGGCCCACAUUCUCAAACAAAAAGGGCUUAUUAACGAACCGGAAGAAAUAGAUACCUUCUUCUCCGAAUCUUGUGCACCUGGCGCACCUCUCAAUUCCAAGUCUUGUCAAUUGUGCGUUGGCAAUAUCGAAUCUGGUGACGAUCAAGUGAAAGAAGCCACGAAAUGCAGACCGACGAAUGUUGAACAUUACAAUGGCGGAAAAGGAGCACUCAGGUGUUUGAAAGAUGGUAAGGGAGACGUUGCGUUCCUACCUUUGACGGCUUUGCAACAGCUAGAUAACGAGAAAGAUGGUGCAGGUAAACGUGAAGAUUAUGUCUUGCUUUGUCCGAAUGGUGGUCCAUUCCAAGCACCCAUCAAUGAAUGGGAGCGUUGUAACUUAGGAUUAGAACCACCACAGAUAAUCGUCAGUUCGGCAGAAAAAGGCCCAAACGCCUUGGAAGAGUUGAAACACGGCAUUUUAGCCGCGAGCACCUUAUAUUCGAAGCAACCGGAUUUGCUGCGUCUUUUUGGCGCUUGGGAUGACAAACGCAACAUAUUAUUCAAGGAUAACGUGAAAGAAUUAUUAUCCAUCGAUAAUAAAUUGGACAAAUGGGACACUUGGGCAAAUAUUCAACAAGACUAUGGCAAUCAUUAAAUCAUUUCGUACCCGAGAAUUUAUAAGAAUAAAAAAGCACCUGAUUGUAUAUGAUGGAUGUCGUAUUAUGUGAUAUUGGUUCUACUAUUAUUGCUGAGAAAUUAUCUUUAUUAAGUCAUAUAUCAAUGACUUAUCAAAAGGACUGUUAGAUAAAUAAAUAGUUAAUAACUU